AUGAAAAUUAAAUUACAAACGCUGGUAAGAAAGUCAUCUAAUUUACAUACACGUAAUAGUCCGAAAGAAGAUUUAGAAUGUUCUAUAACUUCUUUACAAAAUGAUAUAUUUGAACCAUACGCUCAAUCGACUCCUUUCCUAACUGAAAAAAAUGAUCCAGAGGAGAAUAAGCCAGAAAGUAUAUCUUGCUCUAAAAAUCCGUACAUUGAUACAAGACAUAUACCAAUAUCACAAGCAAUAAGGAAAUCAGAGAGUCCAACAGAAAGAAAAGAGGAAACUGUAUCUGUAAAGAUUUCAAAUGAUAAGAAUGGUCAGUUACAGCCAAAUAGUGCGAGCCAUAAAAAUGAACAAGGCAACAUUCCAAUGGAACAGGAACAGAAAAAAGCAUUAACCGAUGAAGAAAUUUUACGGAUGGAACGAAAACGUAAACAGAUGGAAAAGCAAGCUGAAUAUAAGAGAUUAAUGAAGGAAAGAGAACAACAGAAAUCGAAUGAAACUAAGAAGCCUAAUCCUAAAUAUUAA